AUGAUAACGCACAUACUAUUCAUGUAUUUGCUACGAAGCACUCUUGCGGUGAUUGUUCCCUGGCUCGAUAAUGAUCCCUUUACCGAAAGCCAAGUGCAAACCGAGAACCUAGGGUUCGGUCGCCCGCCAGUAAUACCGCCGGACGAGAUAACAGACGAAACGCGAAGUCUGCCCCACGAAGGGUUUAUCCCUGACUAUGUGAUAGACAGUUGCCCUUUAGUGCAUCUCUAUAGUGAAGAAGUUUAUUAUCCUGCAGACAUCUCAGACUUCGUCAAGCAUUUUAACAUCCGCGUCCAUAACGACUCGAUUGUGAAGGAUGCACCGGUGAGAAUCAGUGAUCUGAACGCUAAGUUUGCAGGGUCUCACGAGUCCGGUGAAUCCGUGUUAAGCCAAGAUACGUAUCUUUCAUCCGUUGACGAUUUUGCCAAAGAUCCCCGAUGGCUGUUGGGACACAAACCAGACUACAGUACGGGCCAUAUCAAAGAUGCGCCGGCAGUGUUGAUAGUAGUCGACAAAGGGAACGGCUGGGUCGACGCGUACUGGUUUUAUUUUUACUCCUUCAACUUAGGUGCGUUUAUCAUGGGCUAUGGGCCUUGGGGUAACCAUGUAGGCGAUUGGGAACACUCUCUGGUACGGUUUUACGAAGGAGAGCCUCAGUAUCUAUGGAUGAGCGCCCAUGGCGGUGGAGGAUGCUACAAAUACGACGCUAUCGAGAAAAAGACCCGUCUUAGCUACAGUGGCACAGAGCCAACUUCCAAGAUCGAGGAAAGACCGCUGAUUUUCAGCGCCCGGGGCACACAUGCGAAUUACGCCUCUGUUGGUCAGCACGCCCACGAUGUGCCGUUCUUUUUCUCUGCCCUUAGCGAUUUCACAGACCGCGGCCCUCUAUGGGACCCGUCACUCAAUUAUUUGGCCUACACUUAUAACGGCACAGCUGCUACCCCUGCGACUGAGCGUGAAAGCGAGAUUGGCAGUGAGUGGCUGUACUAUUUGGGUCAUUGGGGAGACAGACAAUUGGAUAGGAAAGAUUCACGGCAGAAGUGGUGUCCUGUGCAAUGGCGCUACAUCGAUGGACCUAGAGGACCCCUUGCGAAGAACUUGGAACGAACGGGUCUUUGUCAACGUCCCAAAUGGUGGAAUUUCUGGGGCGGGUGUCCCGCGAGAAGAAGUAUCAAGCGGGGGCAGGGCAUUGACGCCGAGCAUAAUGAUCUUGUGGGUGACAAUUGUGGUAUUUUACUUUACAGAAUUCGUCCCAAAUGGCUGAGGGCUGUUGCGAGGUUAGUUAUGUGGCGAGGAGUCACCUGCUUAGUCAUGGACUAUUUUACCGGUUAA